AUGUAUGAAACUGAUGCCAUUCAGCGCACUGAGGAGCUCGAGGAGGCCAAGAAAAAGCUUGCCCAGCAUUUUCAGGAUGCGGAAGAGUCCAUCAAGGCCGUGAAUGUGAAAUGUGCCUCUCUGGAGAAGACCAAGCAGAGGAACUUUGACAAGGUUCUUGCAGAGUGGAAGCAGAAGUAUGAAGAGAGUCAGGUCGAGCUGGAAGGAGCUCUGAAGGAGGCGCGUGCUUUGAACACAGAGAUGUUCAAAAUGAAAAACUCCUAUGAAGAAGCUCUGGGCCACCUGGAGACCCUGAAGAGGGAGAACAAGAACCUGCAAAAGGAAAUAAGUGAUUUGACUGAGCAUAUUAGUGAAACAGGAAAGACAAUUCAUGAACAGGAGAAGGGUAAGAAAACUGCAGAGAAUGAGGUCAGGAGCAGGAACGAUGCCCUAAGGUAUAACUCAAAGAGUAAUUUCUGCCACCUUGAAGACUGCUAUGUCUACACUGACUUGGACCUGGCCACUGAUGAGUCGGGUGUCUGGGUGGUCUACACCACCACCCAGGCGUUAGGCAAUCUGGUUCUGUCUAAGGUGGAGGAGACUGAGCCGCCGAAGCUCGGCAAGACAUGGCACACUUCAGUCUACAAGCGUAGUGUUACCAACACCUUCAUGGCCUGUGGCGUCCUCUACGCAACACGUUACAUCGACGCAAACGUUGAUGAGGUGUUUUAUUCUUUCGAUACUAUGACAGGGAUGGAGAACUUCAAGGUUGGCAUCAUCAUAAACAAGGUGUCUUCUAAUAUUUUUUCCUUGAACUACAGCCCAGUGGACCAGAUGCUGUAUGCAUUCUGUGAUGCUAAAAUGGUCUCCUACAAAGCUUUGUUUGGGUACUCUGAUCAUUACUUUUCAUAG